AAAAUAAAUUUUAUCUAUUAUCUCAAAUAUUUAAAUAAUAAUAAUGCAUCGUCAUGCAAUUUGAUGAGCUUUGAAUAUUAGAUAGUACGUUUUAUUUGCUAUAAGUGGCACCUUCCAAAUCAAAGCGAAUACACGAAAUUUCAAGGUGCGCGAGCAUUUUGUGAUUUUAUGUAGACAAGUGCGGCAAAUCCUUGAUCAAUACAUUCAACAUAAAAAAUUGUUGAUGUUGAAAUUGGAAAACUAAAUUUAGACCGAACAUGAGCAACAGCGAGCUACGCCGACGAAAGGUAAGCUUGUAGCGCCUACUUUUUUAUCUAAUCUGUUUUGAUUCCAUGGACCAGUGACGAAUAGACGUGUAAAAUAAUUUCUACACUCUUUUUGUUGCUAAAUUACCAUUCAUGUUCAAACCACAUUCAUGAUCGGUGUGAUAUUAGAGCUGUGUUAUAUGUUCCGUUCUAUAUUUUCAUAUACCAUUUUCUUAUGCCUAAAAAAUAUAACAAAGAACAUAAUGAAAAGACGACGAGUAAAUCAAUCAGAAAACGAAAAGACAAGACUGUUUCCUCACUGCAUACGUCUCUGUUAUGUCUAAUUUUGAGUGGUACUCUGCUGACAUUAUUUGUAGUGUACUAUACUGAUCAAAUACCAUGGUAUAUAGGCCACAGGGCAGUAGACAGUAUUGCCAACAAGUUUGGCUAUCACAAACCAGUACAUGCAGUUGUUAUAGAUGCUGGAAGCACAGGAUCAAGAGUAUUAGCAUUUACAUUCCAUGAAUCCUACUUUGGACAGCAUUUAAUUUUAGACAAGGAAUUAUUUGCAUAUUCCAAACCAGGCCUUUCAUCUUUUGCCAACAAUCCAGAAAAGGGUGUUGCUACAAUAGCAAAUCUGAUAGAGAAAGCUAAAAAAGAGAUCCCAAAACAAUACUGGUCACAAACCCCAUUGAUUUUGAAAGCAACAGCUGGUUUAAGGAUGUUGCCUCCUGAAAAGGCCAAUAAAUUAUUAGACUCGGUGAGGGAAUACUUCAAAAAAGUGGCAUUCCAGACUAAUGAGAAAUCUGUAGAAAUUAUGGAAGGGACUGAUGAAGGAAUCUUCUCUUGGUUUACUGUGAACUUCUUAUUGGAACGAAUCGGCGGCGAUCCAUCCCGCACAGUUGCCGCCCUCGACCUCGGAGGCGGUUCGACUCAAACGACAUUCGCCGCAACUACGCCAGCCAGUCUCAAGGAUACCGAACACAUCCACCGGGCCCAGUCCCCUAGGGGCCUUAUCCAGGUGUAUACGCGCAGCAUGGAGGGGCUGGGGUUGAUGGCAGCCAGGUAUGCUGUCAUCACGGGACAUGGAAACGGCGGGAAUUUGAACGUCACCAGCGAGUGUGUCAACCCGGUGGUUAGAGGCAAGAAGUUCCAUUAUAGCGGCACCGAUUACUACAUAUCCGGCCUACAAGAGAACUACCCCAAAUCUCACGUGAAAGGAAGUGAUAUCGAAAUUGGUGAGGAUGUCCCCAUAGUGAGUUUCUCUAACUGCUCUGAGAUCAUCGUGAAAUAUGUGAAGAGCAAAGCCCACGCCCCUGAGGAGCUGCCUUUGAAGACCAUCGUGGCUUUUAGUUAUUAUUACGACAGGGCCGCCGAAGCUGGACUUAUUGAUGAGUCAACUGGUGGUCAAAUAAAAGUGAAGGAUUUCAGGACAGCUGCAGAAAAAGUUUGUCACGACGCAAAUGCGGAUCAACCAUUCAUGUGUUUUGACUUGACGUUCAUAUGGGCACUUUUAGAAAAAGGAUUCAAUUUGAAUGAAAAUACCAAAAUAUAUCUGUACAAGAAGAUUAAUGGACACGAAACAAGUUGGGCGCUGGGAGCAGCAUACAACAUGCUAAGAGGUUGACGGGAACGAAUGAAUAAAUAGAUAUUAGAUCUUUUUAUACACUGGAUAUCAUCCUUGCACAUUUUUUUAACUAUUGUGGAUGUGCCUUAAAAUUUUAUUUAUGUUAUGUGGUAUAGGCUGUGCAAAGAUUCCAUACACUCGGUUUCUGUGUUUAUAACAAUAAAUACAGUUUUAGUAUUUU